UCCUCCAGUUAUAAAUGUGCAUUAGCGAACCUCAGCCAAUGCUAGAAACUACAACCGGCCACAAGAGUGUGCACGUGAGGUGACUGCAAUUUUUUUCUUUUUUUUUACCCAAACCAGAAUUAGCCGGUAUAGGAAUGAACCAGCUUGGAGAUUUGAAAUUGCACGGAUAGGAAGGAAGCUCGGGUUAGGUUCGGGCACCUCCAAACGCACCCUUUUUAAAGCCACACGGACUCAGGCAUCAAGCUCCAAGCUCCACAAAACGGAGCUGGCUCGGCAGCGAGCGGCAGAGGCGCCGGGAGCCAGCACAGCGCGCCGAACCCGGCGGAGCGCCGAGCCGCGGGCACCGGCAUCUCCAGGAUGUUAGGCGACAUCGCCACAAAUCUCUCCGCCCAGCCGCGCAGGGGGCUCCGAGGGAAACAGCAAGUUCGGGGAUCGCGGCCGGGAGCCGAGUGAGGCCGCCGCCCCGCGGGCUGCGGGCGUAUCUCACGCAGGUAUUGUCAUUUUGCACGUGUGUCAGGAUGUGGAAGAGAUGGGGGAGCCUGAAGACCGUAUGAUGGAGAAAGACUUGGAGCCUGGGUGGGGAGGUCCAGAAACCCCUCCUGGUUGUCCCUCUCUCUCCAGAACAUCUUGGAAAAUGUAUACAAGUCAUGAAGACAUUGGGUAUGAUUUUGAAGAUGACCCCAAAGAUAAGAAGACACUUAAACCCCACCCAAACAUUGAUGGCGGAUGGGCUUGGAUGAUGGUCCUUUCCUCUUUCUUUGUGCACAUCCUCAUCAUGGGCUCCCAAAUGGCCCUGGGAGUCCUCAAUGUGGAGUGGCUUGAAGAAUUCCAUCAGAGCCGCGGCCUGACGGCCUGGGUCAGCUCCCUCAGCAUGGGCGUCACUUUGAUUGUGGGACCUUUCAUCGGCUUGUUCAUUAACACCUGUGGGUGCCGCCGGACGGCGAUCAUCGGAGGGCUGCUGAACUCGCUGGGCUGGGUGUUGAGUGCCUACGCCCCAAACGUGCACUAUCUCUUUAUUACCUUCGGAGUCGCAGCGGGCUUUGGCAGCGGGAUGGCCUACCUGCCGGCCGUGGUCAUGGUGGGCAGGUACUUCCAGAAGAGGCGCGCGCUCGCCCAGGGCCUCAGCACCACCGGGACCGGGUUUGGCACGUUCCUCAUGACGGUUUUGCUCAAGUACCUGUGCGCAGAGUACGGAUGGCGGAAUGCCAUGUUCAUCCAAGGUGCCGUGUCCCUGAACUUGUGUGUUUGUGGGGCACUCAUGAGGCCCCUCGCUCCUGGGAUGGAUGGAGACGACCCAGCAGGGAAAGCGCCACACGUCCUCCCGGCUCACUCCACCGAAUCCGUUCGGUCCAGUGGACAACUGGGCGGAGCGGAAGAGAAGGGGGGCGGCGCCGGCACCGAGGACUCCCUCGGGGACAUGCCGGCCCAGGUGUGCCACGAGAAGGCCGUACACAGAAAGGACAUGUGCGCCUUUCGGGUUCUGAAGACCUUGAGCCAGCUGACCGUGAGGGUCAGGAAGGGCUUCCAGGAUUGGUACUUGGGCUAUUUUGGGACAGCCUCUCUCUUUACUAAUCGGAUGUUUGUCGCCUUUAUUUUCUGGGCUCUGUUUGCAUACAGCAGCUUUGUCAUCCCUUUCAUUCACCUCCCAGAAAUAGUCAAUUUGUAUAACCUAUCAGAGCAAAACGAUGUUUUCCCUCUGACUUCGAUCAUAGCAAUAGUUCAUAUCUUUGGAAAAGUGGUCCUGGGCAUUGUGGCGGACUUACCUUGCAUCAGUGUUUGGAAUGUCUUCCUGAUGGCCAACUUCACCCUGGUCCUCAGUAUUUUUAUCCUGCCCUUGAUGCACACGUAUGCUGGCCUGGCAGUCAUCUGCGCACUGAUAGGCUUUUCCAGCGGUUAUUUCUCCCUGAUGCCUGUGGUGACUGAAGACUUGGUGGGGAUUGAGCACCUGGCCAACGCCUAUGGCAUCAUCAUCUGUGCUAACGGCAUCUCUGCGUUACUGGGACCACCUUUUGCAGGGUGGAUCUACGACAUCACACAAAAAUAUGAUUUUUCCUUCUAUAUAUGUGGUUUACUCUACAUGGUAGGAAUACUCUUUUUACUCAUUCAACCAUGUAUUCAAAUUAUAGAACAAUCCAGAAAAAAAUACAUGGAUGGUGCAAAUGUGUAGUGUCCUGUUAUGGUCCAUGUAAGAUUUCUUUGUCAUACUCAUGCCUACCUCACAUGGUUGCUGUGAGGAGCCCAUGACAUAUCAUGGGAAAGCACGUUGUCCUGCAACUGGCACUGUCGUUUGUAAAUGCCACUGUCAUGGCUUCGUUUGAAAGCAACACUGCCUUUCCGUGUGGAGAGAGGCAUUAAGGACUACGUGCAUCUUAGAGAUGACAGUGUCCUGCAAAGACAGCCUAUUAAAUCAUUGGUAGAAAUGCCCUUCUGAAAACUGUGUCAUCAUCCACUAAGACUAGGGUUUUAGAUACAGCUUUUAAAACAAAGCUGUACUACUUCUUUGUAAGGUGAAAAUAAGGUAUCUAAAUGCUUCUGGAAAGCUUACAGAUACAGGUCUACUCUGCUUUUCGAAAGUGCUUUCCACUACUUUUCUUUUCUGAAAGACCUAACUGGAAGAAUCCCAAAGAGGAUUUUCACUUUUACAAAAGAAGUUGAACCAUGUUCAGUGUUUGUUUUGCUACGAACUUUUAGAGGCAACGCAUCCUGAGCAGCAAGAGUGGCCCCACCAAGCUCCUUCCCGGGAACCACAUGGGAAUAUCAGCAUCAAGUCACCAGAGCUUUGAACGGUGUCUGUGAGCAUCUGUGCUUGAUCUCAGUUUAUUUUGUGCAUCCAUGAGCAAGAUGUGUCCUAAGGUCAUGGCUUCUUCUUUGCUUUAUGCCAUUUUGGUUUAGGUUUCAUAGAACGCUCUGCUAUCAGAGAGUGGGGAAAACCUGUAAAUGGGUUUUAAGCCCAAGAAUAUGCUAGAUUUCAGAAAUUGUUACAGGGAGCUAUUGAUCUACCAGGGUAAAACAAAGGCAGGCUCUAAUUUCAAAGGUAAUACAUUUAGUACAAUUAAAAAAAACAGUUUAUAUUUUUAUUAAAGAAUUCUGCAGCUAGAGCAUACAAUUUCUAAGUCUUUCUCUAAGAAAAGCAUUUGCCGUUACUCCUAAUUCAAUAUUACCCAGUCAGAAAACGAAUCUUGAGACAAAACCUUAAUAAAGAAAUAAUAUGAAUAAUCUCCUUAAUGAACGUCAUAUCUGUGCAUACAACCAUCGAAUCAAGGCUACAAUUCAAGCACUUUGAUUCGCUUCAUUGGCCUCUUAGGUUAUGAGCAUGAUCUGGGCCUAUAGAAAUUUUCUUUCUGAGUUUCUCCUGCCCAGUAAAUAAAAUAGAAAACCAAUUGUUGGUUGACAUGUAAACUUGGUGGUUAAAUCAUUUGUCAAGCAUAACUCCAAAUACAAGACUAUCAGGCUGUAAGGGUAAUAAACAAAAUGCCCUUGGUCCACAUGUCUGCACACUUGACAUUGGAGUAGUGGUAACAAAUAACCCUUCUCCAGGGCCUCUUGCUGUUCUAUGGACAAUUCAUCUGCCGGAGCUCAGCACAGUUUUUAAAACAGUCCUCUUGAUUGAUUUCAUACAGAAGAUAACUGUGAUCCGUGACAUCACGUAAUGCUCUUCCUUUAUCGGAGAUCUCUAUUUUUCUAAGCCAAACAUUUUUCAGACUGCAGAAUGUUCUUCCCAGAAUCAUUUUGAAAUUUCUGGCUGCCUUUCUUGUUUAUACAUAUUUUAGAACUAUUUAAAUUUCCACUCACAGUGUGCUCAUCACACACACAAAAAUACUUUACUAUCAUUGCCAGUGUCUUGGGUCAAAUUUAUCUAAAGUGAGUACAGACCAUUCUUAACCAUCCUUGGUAGUUAGAGGCAGGAAUGGCACUAGUCACUGGUGUCACAGGCUGUUACCCCAGCCUAAUUUUAGCCAGCCGUUUCAGCCUUUUACUCCACCGAACCCUUUAGAGCUGUUAACAAGUGAUUACAUGGACAUGUUUCCUUUUUGUUUCAUCUCCAUUAUUUCCUGCUCUAAUGUCUAGUGGGAGGGGUUGUGUAAGGAAAGGGACCACCAAAAUAACAAUAAUCAUAAAAGGCAGCUAAUGGGAAGGAGAAACAAAAGCAUGGCUAAUAUACACAUGCAAUAUUACCUCCAGUGAUUUGAGAAUUGCCUGUCAAUUAUUAUACAUGAUAAAUUGCAUGUCAUACUCCAUCUGGUCCAACACAACAACCUGUUUUGUUAGCAUGACAGCUUUGGCUGCUGUGAAAGAAUCCAGCUCUCUGUUUCUGAUAGAGGUCAUCUUAAACGCUAACACAACAUUUUUUCUCUGUAGAUAUAUAUCUACCAUUAAAUGAGGAUGAUUAGAUUGAAAAACAUGUUGUGUACGUUAAAACUGAUUACGUUACUUCCUUACUGUCAUUUACUGACAAUACCAAAUUAACAAGAGGCGGCGUUGAACAUUGGGAAUGGUGCUCUGCAGCUGAUGUGUUGCGAUGCUCGCACUGCCAGUUGUGCAUCCCAAACACAGACUUUUUAUCCAGUGACCCAGCUUGAGUUAAAUAUCCACUUUAGACCUGCUCCUGUGCAGUCCGUCCAGUUGUUUGUUGAUUUACCGUAUUGAUGGAAGUGGUGAUUUCUACCAAAUCGAGUCCCUGUUUCACAAAAACAAAGUAAAACCUACUUGUGAUAUUCGUGUUGCCAACAGAAAAAAAAAGAGAGAGAGAACACAUAAAGAAUUACAGCAAAUACAUUAGUCUUUCCUAUUUAAAAUAUUAUUUACAGUUAUUUGAAGAUAUUAUAAAGGGUUGAUUGUAUAUUUAUGUUAUGUGCUUUAUAGAUUUCCCCUCACAUAUCCAAAUAUUUUUUAUUUACAUACAACUAAAUAAAUUUUGUCCUCUUUAAA